AUGAUUCGUUCGAACAUAUUGAUUAUUAUUAAAUCGAAAGAAGAUAUAGUUAAUAAUGAAUUAAAAAAUUCACAAAUAACAACAAUCGAACAAAAUCAAAGAAUAUCCCGAACAUUAUCACGAACUGAUAUUCAAUUCAAAUUAAUAACAUAUCAUAAUACAGAAUAUCAUAUUAAAUAUGCUUCGAUAUGUGUUCCUAAUCUUACAUUACCUAUUGAUGUUAUUAUAUUACCAACUGAUAAUAGUUUUUCAAUGAUUGAACAAAACACAAUGAAUUUUUCUGAUUUCUUACAAAAAGAAAAAAAAACAUCAUAA